AUGGGUCUGGGCCUGGGCCUGGGUCACGGUCACGGCCUGACUCACGGCGGCACCGGUGGCAGUGUGGGCGCCACAUCGCCCACCACAUCGGUGGCCUCGGCCAGCCUCAUUGGGGCCCAUUGCAGUGGCGUGGGCAGCGGUGCGAUGGCCGCCGCACCGCUGGGCAACAUAUGCAACACUCUGCCGCAUGCCCCGUCCAGCAAUGUGCCCCUCAACCGGAACCUGGUCAUGCUGCGCAAUCACCUGCGCAAAAAUACGAGCGGCAGCAGCAGCAGCAACAGCGGUGGCGGCAGCGGCGGCAGCGGCAGUGGAGGCGCACAGCUGCUGCAGGAUCAGGAUGACAAGGAUCAAUAACCCAUUUACUACAUCAAAUUCUUAGUCUAGGUUCGUGGAUACUGGAUCCAACUGUAUUUGAGUUAAGUGUAUUUCAAUUGCUGUGAUUCGAUAGUGAAAACAAAAGGCCAACACGCGUCUUUCAGUUCAAAUGUAUAGUGUAUAGAGAGAGAUAGACAGACAGGGUGCGCAGGGUGCAGGGUGCAAGUGAAGAAAGAGAUUGAUAAGGGAAAGAGGUAGAAGCAGA